AUCAGAUCACUCGCAACAUGGCAGCUUCAAAACUGGCUUGCAUGGCUUUCAUGGCUUCCGUGGCUUUACUUCUUGCCUUAUCGUCACUCAGCUCAGCUCAGAGUGCCAAUCCAUCUUCACCAGACCACAUUUCCACCAUCAACGCUGACGGCGAAGACGCCAGUGGUGGUGGCCUCAAGGCUCGCGUCUUAGGUGACUACGGCCGCCGCCGCCACCGCCACUAUUACUACUGGCCGUACUGGGGGUGGAGAGGCUACUGGCCGCGCUGGGGGUGGCGAGGCUACUGGCCGCGCUGGGGGUGGCGAGGCCACUGGGGCCACUGGGGAUUGCGAGCCCGCCGCGGCCUCGUGGAAGAUUACAGCAAAGUGCGUGAAGGGACUGUGGGCGGGGAUGGAGAGGCCGCCGGAGGCGGUAGUGGCAGCGGAUAUGGGACCGGAAGCGGCGGUGGCGAUGGGGGUAACUACGAACGAAUUGAUAUACACGGCAGCGGCGGCGGCGGAAGAGUUCCAACUCCGGGGAGUUAUCAGUGCAAGCCACAGAAUUGCAUUGGAAAAGAUUGUAACGAAUUUAUGAUUUACCUUGAUGAAGUCUAUACAGAGGGAAACCAUUAAUGGUGUUUACAAGGAAGAAAGACAACAAACCACCUGAUGACCAUAAAAAAAUUUAAAGGGAAGAAACAUAUAUAGAAGCCAUUAUUGUAGCUUUAUCUGGUUUCAGAUCAAUUGCAGUGAAAAUUAUUAUCUGCCAUAAACAAAAAUGAUAGGCAUAUAUAUUUGGAAUAAAAAUGCUUAUACGUUGAGCUAUUCUAAUUUGAUAA